AGUAAGCUAAUUAUAUUAUUAUUUUCUUAAGAUUUCCCCAAAGUAUACGUAUACAAAAUUAAAAAUAAACAAAAGCGGAGAAAUACUGGGCAACAUACCAAACAAUAACAAUAGGAUGUUGGCAUUCGCAUAAAAUGUAAACAGUUCCCCUGUGGGUAUAUCGUGAUUCUUUAGUGUAAAUUCCCAAUAUAUUUGUUCAAAAUGGUAUUCUGUUGUGGUGUUCCUGGCUGUAGAAAUACUAGCAAAGAUGUGAAAACACAUUGCCUACCAAAAGACUCUGAGAUAAGAAGAAUCUGGUGCCAAGCAUUAAAUCGAAUAGAUUUAAUAAAUGUGAGCGAUAGAAAACGGCAUAAUUUCAGGAUAUGUGAUAUUCACUUUUCAGAGGAUUCAAAGUUUGCAAUGGUUAGAAACAGAACAAAUUUGAAAUUUACUGCUGUACCCACUUUAUAUCUAGAAGGUGUUCCAUCACAGAUUGAGAAAUUAGAUACAAUCUCAAAUAAUGUUGAAGUUGUCGAGGAAGUUGCUCCGCCAUUAGAAACAUCUUUAAGUAACUUAACUUCAACUAGUCGUACAAGUCCCAAAUUAACAGUAAUUUCUCCUGUUACUUCUUCUCAAAGCGACACAUUCAAGUGUACCCCAAAGAGAGUAUUAAUUAAUAUAAAUAGACAAGAUUGUAAUGAACCAAUUGAUUUUGAAAAAAUGAGAGAUGCGACCAUGGCCGAUAUAGUAAAUUUUAGCAAAAGUCUAAGUAAGGAGAAGUUUAUUACCUUUUUAGCUGGGAUUCUCAAACUAAAGAGUAGUAUAAUGGAAACAAUGAAGUAUGAAGGAAAAAGUAAAAAGAGGAAAAUAGAAAAUUUACACAUACCCAAAUAAAAACUAAAAGAUUUACCUUCAAAGAAAUAUUACACUUCUUCAAAGAGAUUAUACUUUUCUCUAACGAGCAAGCGCCUCCUCUCAAUAGGUAAAUACUACAAUCGCUGUGAAAUGCGACAGAGUUAUAAGAGCAUCGCGAAUGUUGUUACGCGGGCUGGAAGAUUUAAAUUCAUCUGGCAUAAAUAAUUGUACAGAUAGAUACUAGUUCUAGUUUAUUAAUUGUUAUUAAAUAGUGUAGUGUUUCCUUUUGUAAAUAAAUUUUGUUAAUUUAA